UCAUACAAACAUUUCAGCGUAGCACGGUUGUGUAGCUCUAUAAAUAUAUAUUUUUUUUCAAAAUGAAGAUCACUGGAUACAAACAUGAACUUCUUGAUAAAUAUAUGAGUGAAAUCACAUCGAGGGUCGCAGCGGAGUCUGGUAUACCUAGUGAUCGGUAUCAUUUUGGGAAACUGGUCCUGCAGAGCUUGAAGGAUGAUCCCGAUUUUCUUAUGCAGACUGACGGUGGAACCGGUGAAUCGGAGACAAACGGAUCAGUAUUAAAAAGAAGCAUUAGAUGUGUGGCGUGCUUCAAGAAGUUAGGUCUGAAGAUCGGUGACGUCAUCAUCCUCAUGGGCGCAAACAACCUCGACCAGGCUAUACCGUUCUACGCCGCGCUUUUCGAAGGCAUCAUUAUUGCGGCCAUCGAUAAAACUUUAGGAGUCAGUGAAUUAAAUGAUGUUUUCAGCGCCAACAAGCCCAAACUCAUUUUCUGCCAAGGAGACAAAGUGCAGGACGCUAAGAAAGCUCUAGAGCUGGCGGGUGGUGACGGGAGAGUUAUCAGUUAUGACAGGAGUCCUGAUACCAUCAGCUUCUCUGAUAUGAUGGAGAUUUAUGGAGAAGAUAUCGAUGUAAAGGAUUAUAAAGCUGCUGACUUUGAUCCAGAAGAAACAAUAGCUCUGGUUGUAGCUACAAGUGGUUCUACCGGUCUACCUAAAGCUGCUAUCCUGACGCAUAAGAAUAUAACUGUAUCUAGUACCUAUUUUGGAAGUUUCGGUAAGAAGUUUCCAAGAAUCACGAAGUGUAGUCUUAUCGUAUCACCCUUACAGUGGCUCUCAGCGCUCAUCCACUACCUAGUUGGACCCAUAUUCCAGUAUUCCAGAUUACAGACCUCCGCAGAGCUUACCACUGAACACAUAUUCGACAUGAUCAAUAAAUACAGGCCAACAUUACUCAUAUCCAGUCCGCCCACGAUGAUCACUUUGCUCAAGGAAGCUGAAACAAAAGAAUGCGACUUUUCUUGUUUCGAAAUAGUAUUCCUCGCUGGAAGUGCUGUUUCGGAUCAUCUUAAGGCGACAUUACAAAGUCGGGCACCAAACACUCAAGUUGUAAAUGGAUAUGGAAUGAGUGAAAUUGGAGGAAUUGUUUUCUUCCCUUACGACGUUCCGCUCAGCAGUUGUGGGAAACCAUUCGCGCACAUGCAAUAUAAGCUGAUGAAUGUUGAAACAGGUGAAGAAGUAAAAGAACCUCACAAGAUUGGAGAGCUGUGGGUGAAAGCGCCCGGUGGAGUUCGGGGCUACUACAAUUACCCAUUGGAGACAGCCGAAGCAAUAACAAAAGACGGUUGGUACAAGAGUGGAGACCUCCACUACAGAGAUGAAGACGGGAACUAUUACUUUGUGGAACGUUUGAAGCUUUUGUUGAAGUAUAGGAACCACCAGAUAUCGCCAGUCGAGCUGGAGGAAGUGAUACAGAAACUGCCAGGAGUGCUGCACGUGGCUGUGUCGGGAGUACCAGACCCUGACUGUGGGGAGCUUCCCAUCGCCUUCGUGGUACCCAGACCGGAGGCUGACAUCACUGAGAAGGACGUUAAGAAUAUUGUCAAAGAAAACCUGACAGACACCAAGUUGCUGCGAGGUGGUGUUGUGAUGCUGAAAGAACUCCCGUUACUGCCUUCAACUAAACUGGACAGGACUAAGCUGAAACAAUGGGCAGCAGCAUUCGCGAAAAAGAACUAAAUGAAAAAUACUUCUACUACAUGGAUAACCGAGUGGCUAGGACACCACGAAAAUUAUGACUGUAUGCGAUGCGUUGCAGAUUCCAUUCACAGGGACGAGUUUUUGUGUUCCCCAAAGCUUGUUCUAUUUUUGGAUGCUAAUGUUGAAUAUUAUAAUAAAAAGAUACAAAAACGUU